CGUCAUCAUCCUACGCCAGUUCAAAUAAAAUUGCGUUGCGGAGUGUACUUUGUGGGAUCAAUUUGAGAUACAAUUAUUAAAAAUGAAUGACUCGCCAGUCGAGUGUGAAGUAUUAGAGAUGCAAAAAUGUCAGGAUAGAUUGCGCUGCUUGAAAGAGUUGACCGAAUUUACCGCUAACUGCAAGAAUCAGUUGGACGAGCUGAUCGAGACGCUGGGAUGGACUCGAGAAAAGGCCCAGUCUCAGGAAUCAAUGGAAGUAUGUCCGUACGACCCCAACCACAGAGUUCCCAGUAGGCGCAUGGAGAAACACAAAGCUUCCUGUCAGCUCAGCAAGAUGGGCUAUAGCCAAGAGGAGCAGGCCGAGAUGUUGGACCCUUCUGUGUGCUAUGAGAAAUCCAACAUCACUUGCUUUAAUAUGGACAGACACACACAGCAGCAGGUGAUCCUCCAGGCAAGAGCAAAUGCACCUCCAUUGAGGAUGGAGGGACUCUACAGCCAAGGUGAGUUCUCCAAAGACCCUCCAGAUGUUCCUCAGAACCACAAGCGUGCAACUUCUGACCUCACUGUGGCCGACCGAUUGGCUCUUUACGAUCAUGUGACGAGAGUAACCAGCCAACAAAAAGAGCAGGCUGAGGCGUCCAACAAUGAGGACCUCUACAUAGAUUUGGUCGCCAAACUCAAAAAGGGUGAUGAUCAGAAUGGGCCCAAGUCUCACCUGGAGCUGAUGGCUGAGAUGAGGGACUACAAGCGGCGACGGCAGUCCUACCGAGCCAAGAAUGUCCACAUCACCAAGAAGUCCUACACCGAGGUGGUCCGUGAAGUGAUUGAGGUUCACUCUGGGGAGCUGGCCAGACAGUGGAAAGACGAGCAGAAAGAAGUGGAGAAGCUUGGGGAAACAAAACGUAACUCUCAUAGAAGGAGGUCGGAGGACAGGCGCUCUCCGUCCACCGAGUCCCGCCACUCUCACAUCGGCCCCAGGGAGGGACACCGCAAACGCCACCGCAGUACGGAGCGCAGCCGGGCAGGCAGUAAAGAGCGUAGCCGGGAGCCGAGCCAGGAGCACAGACAGAAGGAGAGCAAGAAGAAGAGGAAGAGGGAUUCCCGUUCCCCGGACGAGAGACAUCAUGACAAGAAGAAGAAGAAGAAGAAAAAGAAGGACGACAAAGAGAAAGAGAAGUGAUUUGGUCGUUUUCAGCACCUCUGAGGACAAGUAAAAUGAUGUCAACUUACCUUGGAAAGACCAAGAGAUUUCUUGUAAAUUCAAAGCAUACACUCACUAAUUAGAAUUUUUUUAUUUGAUGAAA